UUUUCUCCCACAAACAAUCCACUACUACGACUACUACAAAACAAGGUUCCAUAAUUGUUUCAGGAUCCAAAGCAAAAGCAAAGUAAAUGGCUCAAAACUCAGAACCUGCUUUUCCCCUUCACCUCUGUUUCUUCCUACUUACUCUGUUCACGUUCCUUGGUUUCUCAUGGUACUCAAACUACGAGCCAAUAAUGGAAAGCAUCAUGGACCAAAUGAAGCUGGUCCUAAUGGUUUCCCCACUGGUUCUUCUGCUGGUCGUCCACUUCGUUUGCAACUAUGGAGAUGGAGGAGUCUUGUCUUCCCUGAUUCCGUUGCCGGAGAAAGAUUCUCUUCACAGAGCAGGUGGAACUCCUUGGGGUGUGGGCUUGUUCCUUGUUCUUCUGCUUUUCUUGGUUUCUUACCAAUCUUCCUUCCAAGAACGUUGGUUUCCUCUCCUCAGCAGGUGAAGAACUCAGUGAUGAGGUUUAAUUAACUUAUAUGGCUUGACAUGAAACUUCGUUUGUAAUUAGUAAUUACUGUAAGCAAGUGAGUUCUCUCUGGAUUUUUCAUGAAACGAGAUUUGACUUGUUUGUAUCUAUUUUUGUUUGUAAUUUACUGUGAUCCGUGACUUAAUUAGUGCAUCUGAUUUGAUA